AUGCUCGCGCCUUUCUGCGCAUCGUUCCAGGGCAUGGAGGGCGUGUCGCUCGAGGCCAAGUACGCAUCGUGGGGCGCGUCGUUGUAUCGUGACAAAAUCCGGACACUUGCGGAUGGCGCUGGCUCGUGGUCGCUGGCCGAGGCUCAGUUGCGGAUUCCCGAGCCCGCACCGCUGCCAUCGCCGUCGAUGGGCUCGUCGCUCGACUCGCCGGCCGGCGAGGCUGCAGCCCGGCCGGCCAUGCAGGGCUUUGGUUCGGACGGGCGCACACAUAAUCCCGACGAGGGCAACGGAUCCGGUGGCUCGUUCUUCUCGUCGAUCGCCUCGGGCUGGUCGUCGUUUGCCGCCAAGGCUACGGUGGCGGCCAAGUCGGCGUCCAAGGUCAUUGCCGAAAAGUCGACUGUUGCCGCCACCAAGGUCAAGUCGUCGUCGCAAAAGGGAUGGUCCUCGGUCCGGGCCUUUAUCGAUGCCCGCUCGCAGGGCGAGGGCGGCGAGCCGGGCGCGGCUAACCCCGAACUGUACGAGGUCGAUCCGUCCGAUCAGGGCGUUUCGGCCCCGGAGCCGUCGACUUCCUCCGCCCCGCCGACGGUUACCGAGGUCGAGAUCGCUGAGCAGGAUGCUCGGCUUGCUGCACUCGGCCUAGGCGGCCCGCCGCCGUCGUCAGAGCCGGCCUCCACUAGCGAUCCCACCACAGACUUUUUCUCCAACCUUGCUGCAAGCCCUGCGCCUGCCGCAACGACGACGACAACCACCACAACCACGGCGACAGCCUCCUCUUUGGGCUCUCCCACUGCCAACACCCCGACUGCUGUCGCUGUCGCCGACGAUGGUGAUGUUGACGACUGGAAUACAGCCUGGUGAUCCCCCUCUUUCCUCUUUGCCCACCCCCGCCUCCACACAAAACUCAUCACCCACCAUCAUAGCAAGCAAGCAACAAGCAAGCAACAAACCAGCUAUUCCCU